AUGAAGAUGCAGAAGGAGCCAGGCCACACAGAGCCUUGUCCAUACCACUCUUUGUGCGUCAUCCAUAAAACCUACCUGGGCUUUGUUGAGGAAAGAAGUGAUCUGGGAACAGAUGUCGUCAUUGUUAAAAAUGGCAGAAGAAUAUGUGGCACAGGAGGCUGCUUAGCCAAUGCACCUUUGCAUCAGAACAAGAGCUAUUUUGAGUUUAAAAUCCAGUCCACAGGGAUUUGGGGUAUUGGUGUUGCAACCCAGAAAGCAAACUUGAAUCAAAUUCCACUUGGUCGAGAUGUCCAUAGCCUGGUGAUGAGGAAUGAUGGAGCUCUCUACUAUAAUAAUGAGGAGAAAAAUAGACUACCAGCAAACAACCUUCCUCAGGAGGGUGAUGUGGUGGGCAUUACAUAUGACCAUGUAGAAUUAAAUGUAUAUUUAAAUGGGAAGAACAUGCAUUGUCCAGCUUCAGGAAUCCGAGGGACUGUCUAUCCAGUGGUCUAUGUUGAUGACAGUGCCAUUCUGGAUUGUCAGUUCAGUGAAUUUUAUCAUACGCCUCCACCAGGGUUUGAAAAGAUCCUCUUUGAGCAGCAAAUCUUCUGAAUGUCUUCGUACCAACAGUUUGCACCCUGCACUGUUACAAAAGCUUUGUCAUCUUAAAUAAAGCUUCACGUUACUUUUAGGAAGCAUAUCUGUAUUUUUAGUAAUUACUUGUGACUAUUGUCUGCAGAACUACUAUGUUAACUGCAACACCAGAUAACUGUGUUGCAAAUACAAGAUUUCUAACAAUGUUUCGUGGUUGAAAAUGAGUAUUUUGGGGCAGGGUUUUUCCUCUGAUGUGUACUUGAUGCAUAAAGAAACUAAAGGAUAUUAUUGACAUCAGUAUUACAUUCAGUAUUUUGAACAAACUGGAGCUCUGUAAAGC